AUGGAGAUAAAAAUCUAUUUGUUUGAUCAAAACUCUGUUCAUCCCUCGAGUCUCAACAAAGUUCUCAUCAAUCUCUCCCACAGAUUCGAGAGAUUCACGAUCGAUGAAUCCGAUGGAACCCUAACUUGUACUGGAUUUUACGCGGCGCCUCCUCUUCCCAUCUCUCAAAUCAGUUUGAGUCUCAAAAGCUACGAAUCCAAUCCGAAUCAUCUUGUUCCCGUUUCUGAAGAAUCCAAAUGUGCAAUCUGUUUGGAGGGUUUGUGGAACGACGAAGACGACGUCUUGAACAGUGAUUUGCUACCAUGUUCGCAUCGUUUUCAUAUGAGAUGUGUCGGCGAGUGGUUAAUGAGGAGUAACUCUUGCCCUCUCUGCCGUGAGAUUGUGUACGAAGAGUCUUAUGAAGCAGAUUUUUGA